AUGGACAAGAGCUGGAUGAAUAAGUCAAGAUUGAGUCAAGAAUAUGUGGAUGGAGUUGAACAAUUUCUUGAUUUUGCAUUUAAUAAUUCAAGCAGUGAUAACAAAAUAAUCUGUCCAUGCGUAAAAUGUAAAAAUGGACGUUGGCAAACACGUGAAGUAGCAUUCGAUCAUUUAGCAUGUGAUGGUAUUUUGCAAAGGUAUACCUGUUUGUUCUUCCAUGGAGAAAAUGUUCCUUUAUCGAGAACUUCUUCUAGAAACACUCCUUCAUCUAGUUCUACUAGUCAUCCUACGACAAACAACACAUCCACCGGACAAGAUGGUAUGGAGGAAUUGUUGCGGGAUGCGUUUAACAUGCAACAUCACCAUGAUGGUCCAACAUUUGUUGGGGCACAUCCUACUGAUGGAAUGGAAGGUGGUAAUGAAACCCACAUAGGGUUAAAUGAAGAACAACCUACUGAAGAAGCGUCAAAGUUCUACAAACUGCUCGAAGAUAUGAAUGGCAAAUUUUAUGACGGAUCGAAGCAUUCUAUAUUAUAUUUCUGUAUCCGUCUUUUUCACUUAAAGUGCAUGUGUGGUAUAACUGCGAAAGGGUUGGAUUACUUGAUUGACUUUUUGAAGGAGUUCUUUCCGAUGGCCACAAUUCCAGCAAAUAGUCAUGAAUCAAAGAAGGUCAUAAAAGAUCUAGGAUUGGGGUACAAGAAGAUCCAUAGCUGCCCAAAUGAUUGUAUGCUUUACUGGGAGGAGAAGGAAAUGCAACAUGAAUGUCUUGUGUGCGGCGCUUCUCGAUGGUUGCCAACUGAAUCUACCCAACCUGAGAAUGUUGACGGUGAUCAAGUACUCCAUAAGCGACCAGCGAAGGUUCUGAGGUACUUUCCUUUGAUACCAAGACUGCAGAGCAUAUUCAUGUCGUCAAAAACUUCUACUGAUAUGUAUUGGCAUGCUAAUGGUCGCACAAAAGAUGGCAACUUGAGACACCCAGCCGAUGCUGAGGCAUGGAGAUCGUUUGAUGCUAGAUACCCGGACUUCGCUUCUGAUCCUCGAAAUGUUAGGCUUGGCCUAUCCUCCGAUGGUUUUAACCCAUUCAAGUUGUUAAGCACUUCGUACAGUACUUGGCCUGUUGUACUAAUUCCUUACAACUUGCCACCUUGGAUUGGAAUGAAACAAUCCUCCUUUAUUUUGUCCAUGAUAAUUCCGGGUGAGAAGGGCCCAGGUAAUGACAUUGAUGUCUUCAUGCAACCUUUGAUUAAAGAGCUUAAACAAUUAUGGACUGGUGUCGACACAUAUGAUGCAUCCUUAAAACAAAAUUUUUGCAUGCGGGCAGCUUUGUUAUGGACUAUAAAUGAUUUCCCAGCAUACACCAAUUUAUCAGACAUUUUAUUAAAGCUUAAAGAUGUGCAGACAACCUACGGAAAACAUAACAAAGGUAACUUGAGUAAAUCAACAACUUCUACUUCAAGAAAAAGACUACGGGAUGGUGAUGUAGACAGUGAUGAUGAGGACCUAGACGAAGAUGGCUUGCAUGGUGCGGAUUUAUGGAAGAAGAGAAGUAUCUUUUUUGAUUUGCCAUAUUGGGAGCAUAUCCUACUACGCCAUAAUCUUGAUGUCAUGCACAUUGAGAAGAACAUUUGCGAGAAUAUAGUUGGAACUAUUCUUGACAUUGAUGGGAAAUCGAAGGAUAAUAUGAAAUCCAGAAUUGAUAUGGCCGAAAUGGGAAUUCGCCUUGAGCUUCAUCUAGAAUAUCUUCCAAAUGGAAGAACAAGACUGCCCCCUGCUUCUUUCACAAUGACAAAAAGGGAGAAGGACAUGUUUUUGCUCAAGUUAAAAACUUAUGUUCGGAAUAAAAGAUAUCCUGAAGGUUCAAUUGCUGAAGGAUUCUUGGCAGAGGAAUGCAUUACCUUCUGUUCGAGAUAUAUGGUUGAUGUGGAUACCAUAUUUGAUAAACUUCCCCGCAACCGUUACUUGCUAAAACUUACACACAUACCUAACAGUGAGUAUAGGCAAAAGUUGCAAGAUCAAUUCCAAGGUCGACGGUCAAAUGCACGUGAAAUUGACAAAAAAUUUACUGAAACUUUUCAUGAAUGGUUGGGUGAAAUUGUUUAUCAACGGCCAGACUUAUCUGAGGAAGUUAGAUUUCUAGCUCAAGGUCCAAACAGGAUUAUUAAACGCUAUAAGGGUUACAUCAUUAAUGGCUUCAGAUUUCAUACUAAAUCUCAUGAGAGAUUUAGAAGGACACAAAACUCAGGAUGUCUUGUCACCUCGUCGACGACUAGCUAUGCUACUGCUAGGGAUGUGAACCCUUCUCAAGGGAAUGUUGACUACUAUGGGAUUAUAAAUGACAUAAUUGAAUUGGAUUACUUCGAGAAAUGCAAGGUCGUGUUGUUUCGUUGUGAUUGGGCUGAUGUGAACACAAGUAGAGGAACUAGGAAGGAUGCUUAUGGAUUUACCAUGGUCAAUUUCAAUCGAUUAAUUCACACCGGUGACCACAUCCUCGAUGAGCCUUAUGUGUUCUCAUCACAAGUGAAGCAAGUUUUUUACUCAGAAGAUCCCAAAGAAGCCGGUUGGUCCGUUGUGAUACGCAACCAACCAAGGGAGGUGUUUGAUAUGGGGGAUGAAUUGCUAGAGAAUGGGUUAAGAACGGAAUGCUUCCCCUCGAGUGAUGAUGAUAUGUUAGAUGCAACUUCACAAUCUCGAUGGGUUCGCGAAGAUUUCUUAGAAGACAGUUAUGUGUGA